AUGCACUCUGGAUUACAAAAGGCGACCACUGUCGGCCGCCGUCGACCACCGCCGGCGGUCGACGACCACCGUCGGCCGCCGGUGACCACCGCGGCCGCCGCCACCACCACCGGCGGUCGGCGACCACCGUCGGCCGCCGGUGACCACCGCGGCCGCCGCCACCACCACCACCGCCGGUCGCCGGCGACCACCGCCGGCCGCCGGCGACCACCGCCGGCCGCCGGCGACCACCGCCGCCAGCAACCACCGCUGGCGACCACCGUCGGCCUUCGCCAGCGACCACCGCCGGCGACCACCGUAGAUCGUUGCCGGCGACCACCGUCGGCCGUUACCGGCGACCACCGUCGGCCGUUACCGGCGACCACCGUCGGCCGUUGCUGGAGACCACCGUCGGCCGUCGCCGGUGACCACCGUCAGCGACCACCGGUGACCACAGCCGGCCGCCGCCGGCGACCACCGUUGGCGACCACCGCCGCCCGCGACCACUACCGCCCAGCCCCGCCGCCCGCGACCACCGCUGACCGCCGCGACCACCGCCGCCCCCCGGCGACCACCGCACCUCACCCCUCAUCGCCGCCGCCAGCCACCUCUGGCCGCCGCCGCCGACGGUUGUCGUUGUCGCCCGACCGGCAACGGUCAGCGGUUGCCGAUGGCGGCGGCCGGUGGAGGAGGCUAACAGCGGCGACCACUGGUUGCUGCAAGCUCCGGCAGAGGCAGGAGUCUGCCACUGAGGUGGUGCUGGAUACUGUGCCAGAGAAGUCUGAGAGGGCUACGACUGAUAUUGGACUGGCGGCUGGGGCUGUGACUGGUAUUGUACCAGUGGCUGUGGCUGGAACUGGACCAGUGGCUGAGGCUGCAGUUACUGGACUAGGGGCUGAGGCUGCAACUGAUAUGGAGGUCCCAUAA